GCGAAUACUGGAGGGAGGGCAGUGUGGGGAAGCUCUCUCUAACGCGCUUUGUGUAGCGGUGUAUGAAGUUCGGCUUCCCUUUACGCACAGAAAGUUAAGAAAUGCGGUGACCCCGCCCAGAGCUGUGCAAAUGAGUCCUGAGCUGACGGGAUGGAAUGAGCAGGUGCUCAGCUGGAACGCAAGUGAUGCGAUGAUGCUGGAGCGGCUUGAAGAGCAGCGCAGAGCAGCACGGAGGAAAGGCACUAAGGGCCACGCGCUGGCUGCAACCGCGGCUCUGCGGAGCUCUUCGCAAACACGCUGUAGCACCGCUACCCUUUUCUGCACGCCUGCCUAAGGCGAGUUCCCUCCGCUGCGCCCCUGUCAAAGACCACCGAUCAUUAACACCAGCGUCCGACUCGAAGCCGUGCGUCCGGCACCGGGCCAGCGAAUCAGAGGUGGGCUGCUCCUCUCCCUCGUACCUGUCACCCCCCCACAUCACUAAGGAUGUCUUCUACAGCACCACUCCUGAGGACAAGGACUCCUCGGAGUACGACUGCGAAGGCCUUGCUGACAGCGCCGACGACAUCUUAGCCCUACAGGGGACUGAGUACUACCAAGACCUGCAGGGCGGCGACACGCCGCACUCACUGCACAAGACCACUCUGUCUGUCAGCGUCGUGCCCUACGGUGCCUGUCUCCAGGGCCCCGCCCCCUGCUUGUCCGCAGACACCGGACUGCCCCCGGUGACCAUCACACUCCGCAUCGGUGGGAAGGAGGCAGAGAGCAUGGACUCUGACGAUGAAGCACUGCCCUGUCUGGUGAGGUCCAUGUCGACAUCCAGGAGGCACAGCUGGGGGGCGCCCUUGACACCGAUAGGGACCGGCAGGAGGCUGAGCCUUGACACCUCUGACAUAGGCCCUGAGAGGGGGGAGGAGGCUCCAGCCGGCCCCCAACCUUCACAGCCUCACACCGGCACAGCUCAGUCCUUCGUCUUCCCAGAAUGCUCUCCGCAGUCCGGGCAUGACCCCACAAAGAGACCAGAGCCGGGAGGGAAACUGUCCUCAGCCUCCGACGUCCUGGCAUCGGAGAGGCGCAGGACUGUGCGACUGCUGUCCGGGUCCAAGCAGGAUGCCGGGGUGACAGGAGGGCAGGACAUGGCGGUGACAUUGCAGAGUGAGGCGGGACAAAGCCAUAUGCUGAUGGUCCAGACCGUGCUGCAGGAGCUGAAGCAGUACCAUGGAGCCAAGCACCAGACCAAGGAUGGCAAAGAGGCCACUGGCAGCGUUACCUGGUACGAGUUCCUCUCCAAAGAGGAUAGAGAGGAGGAGGAGCAAGUGGAGAAGGUGGAGAGGGGGACUAAGGUCAAACGGACACUCAGCUCACUGAAAAACAGGGUGACAGGUUCAUUUAACAAAGACAAGGCGAAGAACCGUGAGAAAGAACAGCAGAAGGACAAGGAGAAGGAAAAGGAGGCCAAGGAAUGCAGCGGGCACCACCUUGCUCCUGGCACCUUCUCCAGCCUGGCCACCUGCUCUGUGUGCUGCAGAAGCUUGCAAAGGAAACAGGGUCUUCAGUGUCAGAACUGCGCGGUGAAUGUGCACAGGAGCUGCCGGAAUCUUCUCCCCGAGUGCGUCCCCAACAGGAGCAAGGUCGCCGGUUCCUCUGAUACGAGCUCUGGAACAUUCCAGAACGCGGCGCAGGUCCGCAGCCGAGCCAAGAGGGACCUCCCACGCACCUCACUGCCCGAGAUCUAUGGCCUAUCUGCCUUGCCUCGUGGUCCAGGCAUGACCAUCACCCCCCGAACACCUAGCGCCCAACCUGCCUUAUCCAAGAGCCAGCGGAGCGGAUCCAUUCCCAAGGAGAUGGAGGACACAGAUUCCAGACCGAAACCCCUGGGAGAUGACGGGGAGUCCAUCACAGAAGUAGACGCACAUUAUGUGGACCUACGUGCCGACCUGGACUCAGACGCCCAGGACCUGGAGUUGGAGUCGUGGAGCCUAUUGGUCGACGCCCCUUACCUACAGACACACCCCAAGGAGGUCGCCAAAAGGCAGGAUAUAAUCUACGAGCUGAUGCAGACGGAGAUGCACCACGUACGCACGCUGAAGCUCAUGGCCGGUGUCUACGUGCGCGAGCUACGCGAUGUGCUGCAGAUGGACAGCGAUCUCCUGGAUCGCCUCUUCCCCCGGCUAGAGGACCUGCUAAAGAUCCACGUCAGCUUCCUGUCCUCCCUCCGCCAGCGCCACCAAGACUCCCUGGAGCCCGGCGGCGAGCGCAACUAUGUUAUACGGCGGCUCGGGGACAUCCUGGUCUUGCAGUUCUCUGGCGACGUCGGGGACAGGAUGAAGCAGUGUUAUGGUGACUUUUGCGGCCGCCAUAAAGAGGCCGUCAGCUUCUACAAAGAGCUGCUGCAGAAUAAUAAGCGGUUCCAGUACCAAAUCCGGAAAAUCAGUACUCUGUCCAUCAUACGACGCCUGACAGUCCCAGAAUGUAUCCUGCUGGUGACACAGCGCAUCACCAAGUACCCUGUCCUGCUAGAGCGCCUCCUACAGAGCACAGAAGCUGGCACAGAGGAGCACGAGGACGUCAGCCAAGCCCUGGUGCUGAUCCGUGACCUCCUGGUGCACGUGGACGCCCAGGUGAACGAACUGGAGAAGGCGAGCCGCUUGCGGGACGUGGCGAGCAGGAUGGAGCCUCGCGGUGUCGGCAAGCUGAAGGACGGCCGGGUGUUCCGGCGCGAGGACCUGACGCGGGCGGGGCGCGUGCUGCUGCACGAGGGCGCCGUCAGCUGGAGGGCCGCCUCCGGCAGGCUCAAAGACAUUCUGGCCGUCUUGCUGACCGACGUGCUGCUCCUUUUACAGGAAAAGGAUUUCAAGUUUUCCUUCUGCACCGUGGACAACAAGCCGCCGGUGAUCUCCCUGCAGAAGCUGAUCGUGCGGGAGGUGGCCCACGAGGAGAAGGCCAUGUUCCUAAUCUGCGCCUCCUCCAACGAGCCCGAGAUGUACGAGAUUCACACGACGUCCAAGGAGGAGCGUAAUGCCUGGAUGGAGCACAUCCGGCAGGCUGUGGAAAACUGUCCGAUUUUGGAUGAAGUUCUUGGACGUGAGCAGCUUGACCUUCUCACCAUGAAGAUUAAAGAUUUCCGUGAGCAACUUGGCCUGAAGGACGGUCAGAUUGUGCAGAGCCUGAGAGAGAAGCUGCAGAUCUUUAUCGAACUUGCCGAGAUCACAGGCUUGGAGGAGAGUCCAUCCUGCUCACGGCUGCUGCUGCGCGGCGAUUCCACUGACCUCCAGCGGGGGGAGCAGCUCCUCAAAGGGGCCAUCGGUGAUGUGGAGACCCUAAUGAAUCUGCUCUUGGGCACGACGGACCCCCCCCAAAGCCGUGCGGAGGGCCAGAUUGCGGGGGGGAAGCCCAGGAGGGCAGGCACCUUUGGGGGCUACGACCGCUUGCUCGUCGGUGCUGGUAGCAGAGUGAGGCCCCGGGAGAGGUCCCAGCGAGCCAGCUCGGACCCCCAGCUGAAGGAGGCGUACGCGGCCGGGCCAGAGCCCCCACCCUGCGAGCCAGUGGCCUUGCUGGCCUGCCCGGCUUUGGAGCUUCACGUACCACCCGGCAGUGAAUUGCAUUUAUUUGCGGAAGUUGUUCUCAUGCCGAACAGGAAACCUCAGCCCUCGGACUGCUUCACCGGCAUUGAGUUCCUUGACAAGGUCAUGUGCCUCUUGCAAAGGCUCCUCAGCCUGCAGGCGGUGGUGGCUCAGCAGGACAGUCACAUGGAGCUACAACGCGCCUCCCUCUGGGAACGGGAGCAGGGCCGUCCGGGCAGGUUGAGGCCCGGCACGCUGCUGGAGCAGGAGAAGCAGCGCAACCUGGAGAAGCAGCGUGAGGAGCUGGCCAGCUUUCAGAGGCUACAGAGCCGGCACCGCGAGGAGCAGGCGCGCUGGGAGCGGGAGCGAGACCGGCAGCGGCGGCAGGCCGAGGCCGCAGAGGCGGCGCUGCUCGGCCGAGAGGAGGCGUGCCGCGCCUUGGAGGCCCAGAUGGCCCGGGAGCGCCGCGAGCUGGACGAGCAGCGGGAGCAGUACCAGCAGGACCUGGAGCGGCUGCGCGAGUCCACCCGGGCCGUGGAGCGCGAGCGUCAGAGGCUGGAGCAACAGCAGCAACAGCAGCAGCAGCAGCGGAGAGUCCGCAAGCACAGGACCAUCAGCCACGCGGGCCAGGAAAUGUUCAACGGUGAAUUCGGCGAGCUGAUCCUGUACCCCAGACCCCAUGCCAGGCCCGGCCUGCCCAUGGGCUUCGCAGAUGACCCCGAGCGCCCCAAGGUGCCCCCGCGGCGAGAGAGCGCCGGCCUGCCCCCCGUAAAGCCAGAGGUGCCCCCCCACCUGCUGAGCACCACCAACCAGCAGGGCAAGCAGUCCGGCGUGCAGCAGCAGAUCCCCACCAAGCUGGCGAUCUGCAAGACCAAAGGCCGAGCCAAGGUGGCACAGCGCUGCGACAGCGCUGCCUCCAUCGAGACGCGGAGGGCUGCCUGGCCCUCAUUGAGGGAGGACGGAAUCAGGCAAGGCCGGAGGUCCCUGAGCCCCCAGCCGCCACCGCCGCCGCCGCCGCCCCAUGCCACAGACCCCGCGUGCCCCCCAGACCUGCUGCUCGACACACGGCCUGCGGAGACCCCCACCCGGCCGCCGGCGUACAAGCUGAACAAGGACCCGGCCAAGGAGGACGUCAUCUACUUCUGACCUUCCGGUCACAUGCCCCCGUGAGCCCACCGCUUCGGAAUGCGCACUCAGGAACCUGCUGGACGCCCUGCCAUGCUGGGCAGCUUUUUGAACUGGACUGUUUUUAACAUCUGUAUUUACAUCUACCACUUAUUUUAUGUAGAGAACCACUUGACUGGAGUCCCUUACCUUCCCAUUGUGCCGAGGGCUGUUAGUCCGGCAUGUGGAAUGCGAGGUAGAGGGUGUUUGGUAUGAGGAUGGAUGGACAGCAGGGAGAGCUUGGUGAAUGUGAGACACAGUCUUUGACGGACUGUCCUUUUUGCUGAUUUAUCCUCUUAAUUUUAAUGCUUUUAAUGUUUUUUUUCGGCAAUCAUACUGUGGUAUGUUAUAGUUUUAAAUAAGGCCAGUUUCCUUUGUCUUAAAUGAUGUAGAGAUGUUAUCGGUUUGGAGAGCAUUCAGAGUUGUGUUUCUGUGUUGCUCGUCUCUGACACUGUCUGACUGCCCCCUGCUGGUCUACAUGCAAACUGCCAUGUGAUCUCUGAUGGUGGCCGUAGUCAUUAUCUGCUUGUGACCUGAUUCCAAGCUCCCUGCCCACCCAGCAGUCGGUUGCAUCAUAGGGAAUGAGAAUGUAAGAUAACACCAAACUAUAUAGUGCUUUUUAAUUGGGAGCUAAUGUAUCUGUAAAAUGUCAUUUUGUAAAUUUCCUGUGGUUGAUAGCCUGACACCCUUUGUGGGUCUGCGGGGGUCUCCGGCUUCUGAAGGCCUUUCGACAGACGUGAACAGAAUAAGGUGAAACUUUUAAUGAAUGAGCGAGUUGGUGACGAGUUUCCUUCCAAAACGGACCAGGACUCGGGUCCCUGUCAUUGACCCAUUGUGCUGUAUGUAAUGGUACCAUGAUAUUGGGCCAGAACCCAAGUUGGAGUACGUGACACUCUUCCGGACCACCCCCUCCGGUUUUGCAUAGUGGUACUUACCCCCCCGCCCUUCCACAGCGGUGGAGAGAAUUCUGAUCCCUGAUUAUUUCCUUAGAAGGCUCUGAAACGUGUCACUUGUGAUACGUAGAGUGUGUAAUUGUGGAUCACACUGGUUUUCGCUCUGGACGGGGUGAGGGGCUGUUUUGUUUUUUUUUGCACACCCCAUGUGCCUCUAGGAUUUUCUGUAGCCACCUGGGUGACCAAAGAGACCUUUUCUGACUGUGCUGUUUGUAAUGUAUGGGGGGGGGGAGCUUGGCUGGAGCUCUGUGUUUUGGGUUUCUGUGCCUGAUACCCCCUGCCCCCCCCUUGCCAAGCUGAAGCAACUGAGCACUUUACUUCUUUGGUGGGUUUGUGUGUUGGGGGAGGGGGUUACCCCUCCUCCAGCCCUGCUGAUAAAUACAGUCCACCUCUGCCCUGCUUGGUUCUGGGAUCUGCAUCCUUUCAUCUCUGUUUGUCCAGUAUUUCACAAUGGGGGGGUCUGUUUUAGAAACCUCUUGAGUAUCUUCCUUCUUUCUUUUUUUUCUUUUCCACGCCGGUGUUUAAUGUCUAAAUCCCGGUGGCGGGUCUCAACUAUGACCGGCUGUCUUAUGAUUCCUGUUGUUUGGUGACCUGUAACCUUCCUUGGGGGGGGGGUCUAAUCUAACGUCUGUAGCACGCUGAACAAUCAGUUCAAAAGUUAAUGUUUUAUAUGCCGUAAGACUUGUGAAAAAUCCCAAAACUGCUGCCUUACCGGAAAUUAUUUUUAGCAAUAAAAUGUGAAGGUGG